AUGACAGAGAACGGGCCCUUCAGUGCCAAUGAGGACGGGGUGACACUCUCUAGUCGUGAACACGCGUGGAAUACAGUGGCGAAUAUGGUGUUCAUGGAGUCCCCGGUGUCGACCGGUUUUAGUUAUGAUGAGACGACCCCUGAGCCCCAUAACGACGACGUGUCCACAGCUAACGACAAUUAUUUAGCCCUCGAAAGCUUUUUUGAAAAGUAUCCCCAUUUGAAGGGAAAUCCGUUUUAUAUUACGGGCGAGAGUUAUGGUGGGGUUUAUGUGCCGAUGUUGGCCACGGAGAUAUUCAAACGCAACUCUACUAUUAAUUUGAAAGCAACAUUUCAAAAUAAAGACUGGCUGUUGGCAAUGGUUUACUUUAUGAGUUGGUACGACUUUGCUUUAGGUCACGGAUUAGUGACCACCGAGUGGUACGAGAAAAAGAUUGAGAGCUGCUGUGAGUGUAAGUCCGGUCCGCAACAUGAGUGCGAUUUUAUGCAUCCAGCAAAUGUUAGUAAGUGCGAAUCGGUUCCGUUAGUCGAUGUCGCCAUCACUAAUCCAUACAAUAUAUACGACAACUGCGCGCCCGACCUGUACUUACAAUACGCGUUCAACACCUACUAUAGACCACACUUCGACAAAAUGGGACUCCGGUUCCCAUUGAGUGGCGACUAUAAUGAAAAUGCGAAUAAACCGAACUGUCCUAAGAAUGGUCACACGCCUUACCUCAACCGACCGGACGUACGCCAAGCGUUGCACGUGAGGGAAGGCACCAAGAGGUGGAUUGGUUGCGGCGGUUCCUACGAUAAAUCCAAGGCCUACACCCCACAGGCCCAGGCAUCCAUUGAUUUAAUACAUAGGUACAAAAUCGGGAGAUAUGUUGUCUAUAACGGAGAUUUCGACAUAAUGUGUGACUUCGUAUCCGAUCAGCGUUUCGUCGACGGGAUCGCCGUUUCGACCAAAAGUCAAAAGAUUGAGAGCUAUAGGGAGUGGAGGGUCGAUGGAAAGCCUGAUGGAGUGCUCGGCGGUUUCGUACAGCACUACGAGAAUGGUCUGAGCUUUGUGUUGGUCCGCGGGGCCGGGCAUAUGGUGCCUGAGGACAAACCCGAGGCCGGCCUACAGGUCUUCAAACACUUGCUGGGGAAAGCUAAACUUUAAGCAAAAGUACCUAUUUAAUAAAUA